GGCCAUGGAAAAGGGAUCGGGUAGGGCGAGCAACAGGAUCCGGUAGAGUAUAAGGAAGUGGAGGCGGGGGUAGGAGUAUGUUUUUCCCAGAGCACCGCGGCACCUAUAGCCCUGCCGAGGACACGUGGGGAGCGGGGAGGCGGCCUGCUGGAGGCCCACCAGGUACAAUGAGGUACUCUGGAGGCUCAUCAGAUGCAGAUAACGAUAGUGAAUUUGGCAGUGAAGAGGAAGAUGCAGAGUUUCGUCUGUAUGAGCAAUUAUAUUUUGAACCCAAUUCAGACACUAAUGUCAAGAGUACUUCCCCUCUGGAGGGAAAGGGUAUGAUGGAAAAGACUCUUGGGACUGACAUAACACAAUUUGUUCAGCCAGAAGCUUUUAAAGACGAUGACCACAAGAAUGCACCUGAAAUGACAAGUUUGGCUCCUCCAGAUAUUACUUUGAUGACUCCUUCCAAAACUCGGAGCAACCAGAAUUCCCAGUUUGACCAUUUUAUAUUCAUUGACACUGAAGAAGGUUCAGAACUUCCUCUGUCAGAUUUCACCUCUGGUGUAAAUGUACAUGAUGCACAUGGUGAGGCCAAUGUACACCAGACAGAAUUAACCAGCACUGUGCAUAAAAUUACAUUCCAUGAUGGUGCUCCACCUAUGAAGAGGAAUGCAUUGCCAUCACAGUCAGUCAGACAGAGAUUUCCAAGCACAUGCAGUGAUGGCAGCAUUCCUGGAAGCAUUCCUUUAGAUGGUCUGUAUUGUAAUCUUGUAACAUCUGAUGAGGAGGCAGAGGAUGACACUAUUAAAGAGAAACUAAUGAUGAAAGAUUUAAAGACCAUUGAUCAUGGAAAGAAUAUAAAAAGCACCACUGCAGAAUCUAUAAAAAGGAAAAGAACAAAAUCAUCAUCAGAAGAAGAAUCAUUUGAAGAAAUAGAAGACUCAAGGUGUAAUAACUUAAUCGGUGUGGCACCAAAGAAUUCCACUGGGAAAUCUGAGGGUUGCCAACUAGAUGAGGAUAGCAGCUCUGAUGAAGACAUUUAUGUACUUCCACCACCAGCAGUAAGGAAUCAUGAAGUUUUCACUCUGGACUCAAGCUCUGAUAGGGAAUUAGAAGUGCUGACCAAAGGUAAAGAUGUAAAGCGAGUGAGAAAGCAAAACAACAAAUACCAGAAAGCUGAGAAGGCUGGCACCUCUUCAUUCACACAACAGAAUAGAAUAGGAAAAAAAUACAGAGAAAAAGACAAUGAAGUACGUGAAUCAGAAACAGACAGCAGUGAUGUUGAUUUUCCAGAAGCUACUAAAGGCACUAAUUUGACUCUAAAUAUUGACAGAAGUCUCUCGGGUUUAGUAAAACCAAUAACAAAGGAUCCAAAGGCAAAGAUUCCAACAAAGCUUUCACAGAAUAAGAAAGCAAAGAAGUCAUCCAAGAAUCUUCCCGGCAAGAAUAACCGAGGCUCUCUUGACUUCACCAGAGGACGACCUGACACAAAGACGAAGCCAUCCUGUGUGAAGUGGACUCAAAGUAUGGCAAAUUUUUAUGACUCUGACAUUUCUGAUGACUUUGAUGUGUCAGAAAUACAUCAGCAGCAAUCAGGAUCACAAGCUGACUGGCGUCUCGUUCCUGCUGACUAUCAACUAGUUUUUCAAAGGAGGAGGUACUAUAAUGCACCUGAAAAAUGCAAACUCUGCAGGCAGGAGGGACACACAGUCAAGGAGUGUACGCGUGUCCCAAAGUGCCAUCUUUGUUCGGGGACAGAUCACAUUCACAGAAAUAAUUGUCCAGAUAACUGCUGUUUUAAAUGUGGCAAAAACCCUCAUUUCUUAUGCCCUACGGAUCGCAGAGACAAGUGCUGUGCCUUGUGUGGCUACCCAGGCCAUACCAGUGACAUAUGUCCAGAUCUCUGGCGACGAUUUCAUCUAACUACCACUGGAAUGAUAGCUCAGACUCCUUUGGAACAUUAUACCAAGCCAACGCGAGAGCAGUACUGCUGUGCCUGUGCUAAAAGGGGGCACUAUGGGCAUGAGUGUCCCCUGAAGCCCAGUUACCAUGGUUAUGCAAGAGUCCCUCAGUCUGUCGUCAGCUACUCUCGCCCCGUGAACCUGAACAACGGCUACUUUGUUGUCAACCUUGAAGGAUCACAGACACCAUUACCAUUACCACCAGAGGAGAACAUCACAAAGAUGGAAAUCAGGUUGGAUCAAGCAGGAAGAAUAAUAGGAAGAAAGGGAAUAGUGGUGAAGGCAAUCAACAAGGAGUCCGGUGCUCAUGUUCGUGUCAUUUCGGAGGGACAGCCUCAGGUUUGUAUCCUCUUUUGGGACCUGCCAUCAGCAGGUUGGGCAGUUCUGGACCUAGUCUUGAUUUCUGAAGACUAG